UCAUUUCUCAAAAUGUACACCAAUUUACCGGUUGGUACAGUUACUUGCAGUUACGAGAGUCGAAGUUUAAAAAGCGCUGGGGGGUUUAAGGCUUAAGCACAGAGGUUCGUUGGUUUUCUGGGGGGUUUUUUGGAUGAUCCGACAGAACCCAGUUUGAUCGGGACUGAAGGGCGUAUAUAUCUUAGGCUCAGGUGGGCGUAAAUUGUCCCCAACCACGGGGUGAAAGAAAUGAGGGUUACUCAAAUACCCACUUAAAUGAUCUUAUUCUGGCUUUCUGCAACCUUAGAAAGCUGGCCAUUUUUAUUUAAUGAGGAGGUUAGAUUAUGGUUUCACUGGCUACCAGGUUCCUGUGGUUCCUCGAGCUUCAAGAUCAUCUAGGGGGAGGGGACAAAUCAGAAAGAAAUGUGAGGAUAAUCAGAUACGAGGAUUUGGAAUUUUAUCUAGUGUAGCCGGCAAUUUAUCGCAGGGGAGUGAAAGCUUGGUCCCAACCAAUGCUGCUUGUGUACAGGAUUUGCAUCACAUUGUUUAUGCUAACUCUAAUAGAGAGAGAGAUGAAGGUAGAUCAUUGAAGCAAGACUCUUGUCAGCGGGGAACUUGUGAUGAGAAAUUCUUUGCCUUCCUGCCUGGUUUGCAAGGACACCAUAAAAGCUACAAAUUGAAUGAAUUUUGCCAUGGUCAGAACAACCUUAUUCUUGAGGUUGGUUCUGCAUCAGGUGCCUAUGACCAAUCAGAGAUGAUAUUUUUUGCUGAGAAGCUGGCUACCGUUAACAGCAGAAAUAAUUGUGUAUCUUCCUCAAACAGUGUAAUUGGUGACUCCCCUUGUUUUGGGGAAUUUUUUGAAGAUAAAGUUGGAGGUGUGCUUGAAGGGAAAUUAGGAGAUAAAUCAUAUACAAGUAUAAGCGAAAAAGAUGGAAUUAUUCCCAUUACAGGCAGUUCAGAGGAUUUGAUCGAACUGGACAGGGAGCCUCAUGCCCUGGUUGGUUCAGAAAGUGAUGUAAAGCUGUCUUUGUUGGACUGCAUAAAUCAUGUUCCUUGUCCUAAGCAUUAUGAUAAUGUGAAAGUAAUUACUAGAGAUGAUGACGAAAACUCAGUUCGGUGCAGUCAACACAGCACCAUAUCAAAGUCCUAUACGCCAACGGCAGGUAUUCGAGAGAGAACUAAGAAACUAUCUGCUUCUAGAAACUGGAGAGAAGCUCAAAAAUUGAAGGGUGGGCAAAUGAAGCCAAUGUACUGCAAUGGGACAAAUCGUCAUAUGGAUGAAAGAUCACAGAAUAUCUAUCCUUUCAAGAAGAGGAAAUUCUUUUGUCAAAACCCACCAUGCACUUCCGAUGGAGGAGAUAAUCGCUCCAUAGCAAUUGGAGCAUCAUCCUCAAUAGCAGGUCAAGUACCUCCUGAGUCCAAGGGUUGUAAUGUGAAGCUUAGCAUAAAAUCUUUCAAGGUCCCAGAACUCUUCAUAGAGAUUCCUGCAACUGCAACCGUUGGUUCACUGAAGAGGACAGUUAUGGAGGCAGUUACUGCUAUACUUGGAGAUGGACUGCAUGUCGGCAUCCUGCUUCAGGGAAAGAAGGUCAAAGAUGACAACAAAACCCUACUUCAGACUGGGAUAUCUCAAGAUCGGAAGCGUCAUAGUUUGGGUUUUAUAUUGGAGCCCAGACAUGCACAAAUCACCCCACCUGCAUGCACGGAAGACCAAUCUUGGCUACCUGGUUGCACACCUCAGGACUUAUCCAGGCAUUCUGCACCAUUGACACUACAACCUGAGACCCAGGCAAUGGUUGCAGUUCCAUCAAUCGGUAUGGAGGCAUUGGCUGUGGUUCCCUUUUGUAGGAAAUCAAAUCCUGAAUUUGUACGGAGGCGAAUCAGGAGACCGUUCUCUGCUUCAGAAGUAGAAGCAUUGGUUCAGGCAGUUGAAAAACUUGGAACUGGAAGGUGGCGUGAUGUUAAAUUGUGCGCUUUUGACAGUGAAAAGCAUCGCACUUAUGUUGAUUUGAAGGAUAAAUGGAAGACAUUGGUGCACACAGCAAGAAUCUCCCCUCAGCAGAGGAGGGGAGAACCUGUUCCGCAGGAGCUUUUAGACAGGGUCCUAGCUGCCCAUGCCUACUGGUCCGCAGCAUCAGACAAGGCAACAGGUUAAAACAGUUGUCUGAUGACUUGCCUUCUUGGGAAACACAAGGAUCAGGCAGAAAAGGGUUUGAGUUAGAUCUCUGGUUAUUCUUCGUUACCAUGUAAAUGAUUCAUUAUGUCUUCUUGCAAAGGGAUUGGUGAUCUGUACAUGAUUUGUUAAAAAAAUGGCAGCGUGCUGAAGAGAAGUCACCAAAUCCACUCUCACUCUCUGGGAUGUAGAAAGUUGGUGAUAUCUUGCUGCAAUUGUGUCGUAGGCUUUUUAAGUGUUGUCAUUCUCUUGUAUGUAGAAUUGUUGAUCAGCAGGAAUGGUAUACCGUUUGCGUCCAUGUCUAUCUGAAAGGAGCUGUAUUCUUACAUAUCAAUAUUUCCUGAAAUCUAGCUGGUUUUGUUGCA